GAUGUACAAUGUCUGAGAGCAGUUGAUUCCCAAUUGGUCACCAGCCUGUUUAGGGAGGGAAAGUCCUCAGGUGAAACUGGACAGACUACCACACAGAGAAAGGUACGUUUUACUUUUACACGUGUUCCCCAUUUUUCCACACGAUUAAAGUGCUUAUCAACACAACCAGGUCUGGAAGCAAAAAUAACCUGUAGGCAGGGCAAACCCGUUCUGGUGAUUUCUGGUAUGUCAUCAAAAUAAAUAAAUCACAGCACGUUUUUUGGACUCAUUCAGCAGUUAUUACCUGGUUAAGUACAAUACUAUUGGAAAUACGUUUUGAAAGUUACAUUUAAAUGCCUAAAACUUAAGUUGAAAAUUAUGCUGUCACUGCUUCCUGUUGACAAUACAUUUUGAUAAAUGGCUCAAUGUCAAAACACAAUUUUAGUGUCCAAGUCAAUAACCAAUAUGCAGAAACAGUUUGAUAUAUAUAUAAAUGUACUAUCUACACUCAUGUGCAACAAUACUAAUCAUAUUACUUGUAUAUUUUUAAACAAGAACCUUAUAAACUGCACACAUACCAAAAACCAUGUUGUUUUGAGAAGUGGAAAUAAAUCAGUCAUUAAUUUAUUGCCACUUGAAACUACCAAAACUAAAAAACCACAUGGAAACUGUAUGUAGUUUUAAAUCACUCGUUAAAGGACAACCUGCAGAACACAGUAAGCUACAUUUUGGAAUGUUACAUUUGGAUACAGGGGUCACCAAAACAGAAAGAGAAACGAAACACUGCUUUGUCAAUCUCUUUGAAAUAAAUUGUGCGAGAGGGGGGAGAUGAGGAAUAACACAGCUCAAAAACCAUCUGGGAAUAAUGUGUACAUCACUGGUUAGAGGACAAUCACAUUACGUGUUUCAUUUUGAUUCAAGUGGGUCACCAACACUAAGUGUAGCGCAACACUUUUUGUUAAUCACUUCCAUCAAUAUCAUGCUGAAAUCAAUAGAACAGGGGGCAAACGUUUGGUGUGUAGUGCUCUUUAAACUAACAUUAUUCCAAGGCCACACAGAAACUUGGAAUAACCUUUACAUCAGGGAUCAUCAACUAUACUGAACAAAAAUAUAAACCCAACAUGCAACAAUUUGAAAGAUUUUACUGAGUUACAGUUCAUAUGUGACUCACCACCUGGAAUUGGUCUUAUGUAGCAACAUUUGAAAUGCUGUUUUUUACAUUGGAUAAAAGUAGAGACUCAGAGCUACAAAAUGGUAUAUCAUACACUGUAUUUUUGAGGAACAAUGGGAAAGUAAUUCUGCUUUGAAAGUUGAUAUACUUGUAAACUCACUUUUGAGAAAAUGGCAUUUGAAUGUUUUGGUAUCUAGUGAAGCGCUCUGCUUUGUCUACACCCAUUCAUCAUCGUUCACACCCUCUUAAGCUUUAGCCUCACCCAUCUCGUUUAGCUCUCGGAGCGUUCAGAGCGCACACUUGACGCUCUGGCUGAUGAUUUGUUUACCUCUGGAUAACAUGAAAACAGCCUAACCAGCUCUGCUGGCAACAAUUACAUUACGCUUUUAUGCCGACGUCUACUGACACCGGCCAUAUUCAACAGGUGUUGUACACUUUAGCUUAAGACAUGUAGCUAGCUAGCUAGGUAAACAAUGAACCUAGCUAGGUAAACAUUUACAUUUUAGUCAUUUAGCAGAUGCUCUUAUCCAGAGCGACUUACAGUUAGUGAGUGCAUACAUUUUCAUACUGGCCCCUCGUGGGAAUCGAACCCACAACCCUGGCGUUGCAAACGCCAUGCUCUACCAACUGAGCUACACAGGGCCUAAACAACGUGUAAGAUCACACACGUAACGUUAGCUAUCGAGCCAGCCAGCUGUUAGCUAGUUAGAGAACAAUGAACAUAGUGCCAAAUCAUGUCGUUACUACCCUGCAUUAAUCUGCUGGGAGCUAACCAACCAGGUUCAAUGUUAGCUAGCUAACAUUAGGCUAUAACUAGCAAAGCAAACGGUUCUGGGAUACGAAUAAUAACGUCAUACACGAAACAUUAGCUAGCUAGCUAGCUAACAGUACACUUUAGCCUGAAAUAAAACCACUUUGUCAAAAUUAGAAACGUGUAAUAUCUGAAAAUGUAGCUAGCUACACUAUCUAACCCGUACAUCAUCAUGCAUGAUGGACGCGUCUCCCUCGGAUGCCAUGCCACGGUUGCCUUUAGUUUGAAGAUGUAAUCCGGAGACGGGUGUUUUCGACAUCUCUUUAGCUAUCAUAGUCUUAAUUCCACUGAUUUCAAAACUCAAACCUCCAGAAAGUGGAGAGCAAUACAUAUGCAGCUCCGCUACACCAUAUAUGUUUUUUUUAAAGCCGCGUUCGACAGGAUUACCAACACAGACUGACAGAAGCCUUCUAUAUGACAGACCAAUCCGAACUCCUCUCUCGGCAUGUCCAUUCCACUCAUUAUUUCAGCCAAUCAUGGCUAGUGGGAAGGUUGCUGUCUCUUUCUGUGGCUUAACCAACAAGGCUCGUAAUUUAACAAUUUUAUUCGUAUUUACAGAUGGCAUACAAGUUUGUUAUUAAGGCACAUGAAAGUUCACAUGCUCCAGAAGGCAUUUCUUCCCCAAAAUGCAUUUAUAUAUAUAUAUAUAUAUAUAUAUAUAUAUAUACACACAGUGAGGGGAAAAAAGUAUUUGAUCCCCUGCUGAUUUUGUAAGUUUGCCCACUGACAAAGAAAUUAUCAGUCUAUAAUUUUAAUGGUAGGUAUAUUUGAGCAGUGAGAGACAGAAUAACAAAAAAAUCCAGAAAAACGCAUGUCAAAAAUGUUAUAAAUUGAUUUAAAUUUUAAUGAGGGAAACAAGUAUUUGACCCCCUCUCAAUCAGAAAGAUUUCUGGCUCCCAGGUGUCUUUCAUACAGGUAACGAGCUCAGAUUAGGAGCACACUCUUAAAGGGAGUGCUCCUAAUCUCAGCUUGUUACCUGUAUAAAAGACACCUGUCCACAGAAGCAAUCAAUCAAUCAGAUUCCAAACUCUCCACCAUGGCCAAGACCAAAGAGCUCUCCAAGGAUGUCAGGGACAAGAUUGUAGACCUACACAAGGCUGGAAUGGGCUACAAGACCAUCGCCAAGCCGCUUGGUGAGAAGGUGACAACAGUUGGUGCGAUUAUUCGCAAAUGGAAGAAACACAAAAUAACUGUCAAUCUCCCUCGGCCUGGGGCUCCAUGCAAGAUCUCACCUCGUGGAGUUGCAAUGAUCAUGAGAACGGUGAGGAAUCAGCCCAGAACUACACGGGAGGAUCUUGUCAAUGAUCUCAAGGCAGCUGAGACCAUAGUCACCAAGAAAACAAUUGGUAACACACUACGCCGAUAAGGACUAAAGUCCUGCAGCGCCCGCAAGGUCCCCCUGCUCAAGAAAGCACAUAUACAGGGACGUCUGAAGUUUGCCAAUGAGCAUCUGAAUGAUUCAGAUGAGAACUGGGGGAAAGUGUUGUGGUCAGAUGAGACCAAAAUGGAGCUCUUUGGCAUCAACUCAACUCGCCGUGUUUGGAAGAGGAGGAAUGCUGCCUAUGACCCCAAGAACACCAUCCCCACCGUCAAACAUGGAGGUGGAAACAUUAUGCUUUGGGGGUGUUUUUCUGCUACGGGGACAGGACAACUUCACCGCAUCAAAGGGACAAUGGACGGGGCCAUGUACCGUCAAAUCUUGGGUGAGAACCUCCUUCCCUCAGCCAGGGCAUUGAAAAUGGGUCGUGGAUGGGUAUUCCAGCAUGACAAUGACCCAAAACACACGGCCAAGGCAACAAAGGAGUGGCUCAAGAAGAAGCACAUUAAGGUCCUGGAGUGGCCUUGCCAGUCUCCAGACCUUAAUCCCAUAGAAAAUCUGUGGAGGGAGCUGAAGGUUCGAGUUGCCAAACGUCAGCCUCGAAACCUUAAUGACUUGGAGAAGAUCUGCAAAGAGGAGUGGAACAAAAUCCCUCCUGAGAUGCGUGCAAACCUGGUGGCCAACUACAAGAAACGUCUGACCUCUGAUUGCCAACAAGGGUUUUGCCACCAAGUACUAAGUCAUGUUUUGUAGAGGGGUCAAAUACUUAUUUCCCUCAUUAAAAUGCAAAUCAAUUAAUAACAUUUUUGACAUGUGUUUUUCUGGAUUUUUUUGUUGUUAUUCUGUCUCUCACUGUUCAAAUAAACCUACCAUUAAAAUUAUAGACUGAUCAUGUCUUUGUCAGUGGGCAAACAUACAAAAUCAGCAGGGGAUCAAAUACUUUUUUCCCUCACUGUGUGUAUAUAUAUAUGGCUCUCCUGUGAAGUCGUGACUUGCGACAUACGCCUAGUUUCCUGAAACGGGUCACAUAUGAGGAAAUCAGUCAAUUGCAAUAAAUUCAUUAGGCCCUAAUUUAUAGAUUUCACAUGACCGGGAAUACAGAUAUGCAUCUGUUGGUCACAGAUACCUUUAAAAAAUGGGCUUCACAAUGGGCCUCAGGAUCUCGUCACAAUAUUUCUGUGCAUUCAAAUUGCCAUCGAUAAAAUGCAAUUGUGUUCGUUUUCCGUAGCUUAUCCCUUUCCCAUACCAUAACCCUACCGCCACCAUGGGGCACUCUGUUCACAACGUUGACAUCAGCAAACCCUUCGCACACACGACGCCAUACACAUGGUCUGCGGUUGUGAGGCCGGUUGGAUGUACGAUGAGACAGCCUAUAGGGAGGAGGUCAGAGAUCUGGCCGUGUGGUGCCAGGACAACAACCUCUCCCUCAACGUGACCAAGACAAAGGAGAUGAUUGUGGACUACAGGAAAAAAAAGAGGACUGAGCACGCCCUUCGCACACACGACGCCAUACACAUGGUCUGCGGUUGUGAGGCCGGUUGGAUGUACGAUGAGACAGCCUAUAGGGAGGAGGUCAGAGAUCUGGCCGUGUGGUGCCAGGACAAGAACCUCUCCCUCAACGUGACCAAGACAAAGGAGAUGAUUGUGGACUACAGGAAAAAAAAGAGGACUGAGCACGCCCCCAUUCUCAUCGACGGGGCUGUAGUGGAACAGGUUGAGAGCUUCAAGUUCCUUGGUGUCCACAUCACCAACGAACUAUCAUGGUCCAAACACACCAAGACAGUCGUGAAGAGGGCACGACAAAGCCUAUUCCCCCUCAGGAGACUAAAAAUAUUUGGCAUGGGUCCUCAGAUCCUCAAAAAAUUCUACAGCUGCACCAUCGAGAGCAUCCUGACUGGUUGCAUCACCGCCUGGUAUGGCAACUGCUUGGCCUCUGACCGCAAGGCACUACAGAGGGUAGUGCGUACGGCCCAGUACAUCACUGGGGCAAAGCUCCCUGCCAUCCAGGACCUCUAUACCAGGCGGUGUCAGAGGAAGGCCCUCAAAAUUGUCAAAGACUCCAGUCACCCUAGUCAUAGACUGUUCUCUCUGCUACCGCACGGCAAGCGGUACCGGAGUGCCAAGUCUAGGUCCAAAAGACUUCUCAACAGCUUCUACCCCCAAGCCAUAAGACUCCUGAACAGCUAAUCAUGGCUACCCGGACUAUUUGCACUGCCCCCCCACCCCAUCCUUUUUACGCUGCUGCUACUCUGUUAAGUAUUUAUGCAUAGUCACUUUAACUCUACCCACAUGUACAUAUUACCUCAACUACCUCAACUAGCCGGUGCCCCCGCACAUUGACUAUGCAACGGUACCCCCCUGUAUAUAUAGCCUCCCUACUGUCACUUUAUUCUAUUGUAUAUAUAGCCUCCCUACUGUCACUUUAUUUUUUACUUCUGCUCUUUUUUUCUCAACACUUUUUUUGUUGUUGUUUUAUUCUUACUUUUUUGUUUAAAAUAAAUGCACUGUUGGUUAAGGGCUGUAAGUAAGCAUUUCACUGUAAUGUCUGCACCUGUUGUAUUCGGCGCAUGUGACCAAUAAAAUUUGAUUUGAUUUGAUUUGAUGUACUGCCAAAUUCUCUAAAACGACGUUGGAGGCUGCUUAUGGUAGAGAAAUUAACAUUCAAUUCUCUGGCAACAACUGUGGUGGACAUUCAUGCAGUCAGCAUGCCAAUUGCAUGCUCCCUCAAAACAUGAGACAUCUGUGGCAUUGUUGUGACAAAACUGCAAAUUUGAGAGUGGCCGUUUAUUGUCCCCAAAACAAGGUGCACCUGUGUAAUGAUCGUGCUGUUUAAUCAGCUUCUUGAUAUGCCACACCUGUCAGGUGGAUGCAUUAUCUUGGCAAAGGAGAAAUGCUCACUAACAGGAAUGUAAACUAAUUUGUGUACAAAAUCUGAGCCAAAUCAGCUUUUUGUGCGUAUGGAAAAUGUCUGGAAUCUUUUAUUUCAGCUCAUGAAAACAUGGUACCAACACUUUACAUCUUGCGUUUAUAUUUUUGUUCAGUGUAGAUAAAGGCAUGGCCUAAUUUAUUUUUGAGCGGAUGGUCAGGGGGCCGGAACAUAAUUACAAUUUGUAGACUGCAAAUUGACCGCAAGAAGCCGAAAUUGAUAUCACAUUUGACUAAAACAUAAUAAUUUCAAACCUUGCUUACAUCCCAAGUAUACAAUCACAUAAUGAGUGUACAAAACAUUAGGAACACCUUCCUAAUCUAAGUGACCCCAAACUUUUGAACGGUAGUGUAUAUAAUUUUAAAAAUCCAUUUUGAAUUCGGGCUGUAACAAAACUAAAUGUGGAAUAAGUCAAGGGUUAUGAAUACUUUCUGAAGGCACUGUAUAUCUGGCAUCCCAACUGAUGUUACCCUACCUUGUGUCCAACAGCCUGCAGCAUUCGAUGAUAUAAAGGCCAAAUCACCUACCAUCAAGGAGGAGAAGCGGGAAGAAGCCUGGGAGAAUCAUGACCAACGAGAGAGACUAAGUACCGGUAAGUAAAUGGGAGACUGACUUAAUCAAGUGUUUUCCUUAUGCCUUUUGGGAAAAAGUGUUGUAUUACGCACAUCUCAUUACACUUAGUUUCUAGGCCGUACCAUUUUGCCUUUUCACAUAAAUAUGAAUAAACUAACAUAAAAAAAAUAUAUAUACAUAUAUAUAUAUAAAACAAAUAAUGAAUACUGAAAAAAUUGUAAUAAUGUUAGACUGCGUACUGCAUACAAUUCAUGAAUGUAUUUAAUUAUAAAUACUUCAGAUUUCAUGCCAAUAUUUCAUGCCAAUAUUUUGGCUUUCAAGAUUUACAGUGCGUUCGGAAAGUAUUCAGACUGCUUUACUACAUCCACAUUUUGUUACGUUGCAGCCUUAUUCUAAAAUUGAUUACAUUGUUUUUCCCCCCGUUAUCAAUCUACACACAAUACCCCAUAAUGACAAAGCAAAAACAGGUUUUUACAAAUCUUUGUAAAUGUUUUAAUAAAAUGGAAAUAUUACAUUUACAUAAGACCCUUUACUCAGUACUUUGUUGAAUAAUCUUUGGCCGCGAUUACAGCCUCAAGUCUUCUUGGGUAUGACGCUACAAGCUUGGCAUACCUGUAUUUGGGGAGUUUCUCCCAUUCUUCUCUGCAGAUCCUCUCAGUCUUGUCAGGUUGAUGGGGAGCGUCGCUGCACAUAUAUUUUCAGGUCUCUUCAGAUAUGUUAGAUCGGGAUAGAGUCCGGGCUCUGGCUGGGCCACUCAAGGAGAUUCAGAGACUUGCCCCGAAGCCACUCCUGUGUUGUCUUGGCUGUGUGCUUAGGGUUGCUGUCCUAUUGGAAGGUGACCCUUCGCCCCAGUCUGAGGUCCUGAGUGCUCUGGAGCAGGUUUUCAUCAAGGAUCUCUCUGUACGUUCAUAUUUGCCUUGAUCCUGACUAGUCUUCCAGUCCCUGCUGCUGAAAAACAUCCCCACAGCAUGAUGCUGCCACCACCAGGCUUCUGCAUAGGGAUGGUGCCAGGUUUCCUCCAGACAUGACGCUUGGCAUUCAGGCCAAAGAGUUCAAUCUUGGUUUCAUCAGACCAGAUAAUCUUGUUUCUCAUGGUCUGAGAAUUUUUAGGUGUCUUUAGGCAAACUCCAUGCGGGCUGUCAUGUGCCUUUUUAUUGAGGAGUGGCUUCCGUCUGGCCGCUCUACCAUAAAGGCCUGAUUGUUGGAGUGCUGCAGAGAUGGUUGUCCUUCUGGAUGGUUCUCCCAUCUCCACAGAGGAACUCUGGAGCUCUGUCAGUCACCGUCGGGUUAUUGGUCACCUCCCUGACCAAGGCCCUUCUCCCCCUAUUGCUCAGUUUGGCUGGGCGGCCAGCUCUAGGAAGAGUCUUGAUGGUUUCAAACUUCUUCCAUUUAAGAAUGAUGGAUGCCACUGUGUUCUUAGGAACCUUCAAUGCUGCAGAAAUUGUUUGGUACUCUUCCCCAGAUCUGUGUCUCGACACAAUCCUGUCUCAGAGCUUUACGGACAAUUCCUUCGACUUCAUGGCUUGGUUUUUGCUCUGACAUGCACUGUCAACUGUGGGACCUUAUUUAGACAGGUGUGUCCCUUUCCAAAUCAUGUCCAAUCAAUUGAAUUUACCACAGGUGGACUCCAUUCAAGUUAUAGAAACAUCUCAAGGAUGAUCAAUGGAAACAGAAUGCACCUGAGCUCAAUUUCAAGUCUCAUAGCAAAGGGUCUGAUUCUUAUGUAAAUAAGGUAUUUGUUAUUUUUGUUGAAAAUUUCUAUAAAUCUGUUUUCACUUUGUCAUUGUUGUGUAUUCGGUGUAGACUGAGGAAAAAAAAUAAUGUUAUCAAUUUUAGAAUAAGGCUGUAACGUAACAAAAUGUGGAAAAAGUCAAGGUGUCUGAAUACUUUCCGAAUGCACUGUAUACCAAUACAUUUAUCUGAAAUUGCUCAUGUCCUCUUACUGAUUUGUGAUAUUUGAUGAUUACCUUCAUGAUGAGCAUCCAGUUCACGUUCACACACUGUUAUUUAUUUUGUAGAAGCUUUAAAUCACAGUGUUGAUGGAGGAGAAAGGCAUUCCAACAUCGACACAGAGGCUGCUCAACCAAUCAGCAAACAGGAGAACGCCAGCUCUUGUAUAUGGGUGAGUGGCGAAACAGACAACCGCAGCCUCUUGCCAGAAUCAAUAAAAAACCUGAGUGUGAACAAAAUAUCUCAAAACCCAGGAUUGGAAAAUGGUGAUGGAAUACUUGACCAUGUGGGCUUUGAUUGUAUGAUGUUUGAGCCCGACAGACAACUUGGGACCUUUAGCACCCAGGGUCCUGGGGCUGAUCUUCCUGAGUGCUCUUACUCUCGUGUGGAUGUUGUACCUAUUCACUCUGAUUCAGAUAAUGGUUUUCCCUAUGUGAUGGAAAAGCUGAGUGGCUCCAUAACUGAGCACGAACAACCUGUGGCUUACAGAGACAAUAGACAGAAGGCACCAUUGCCCUCAGAUGAGCCUCACAUGACUGUACGAAAAGGCAUGGAGACUGGAUCCAAUGCUUUGGUAAUGAAGGAUGGUUGGGUCACCCAUGACCGUCAUAAUAACAACGCUGCGAGUUACACCACAGACUGCACAGCA